AUGUGUGAGCGCAGUCUCUACAGAGCGGGCUAUGUGGGCUCGCUUCUGAAUCUGCAGUCGCCUGACUCCUUCUACUUCUCCAACCUGCGGCCGAAUGGCGGCCAGUUGGCCGCGCUCCCCCCCAUCUCCUACCCGCGAGGGGCGCUGCCCUGGGCCACCACGCCCGCGUCCUGCGCCCCAGCGCAGCCUGCCGGUGCCACCGCUUUCGGCAGCUUCUCGCAGCCCUACCUGGCCGGUUCCGGGCCGCUUGGUCUACAGCCCCUGGGCGCCAAGGAUGGACCCGAAGAGCAGGCCAAGUUUUAUGCGCCCGAUGUGGCCGCUGGGCCGGAGGACCGUGGCCGUGUGCGGCCGCCCUUCGUCCCCGACUCUAGCCUGGCCCCCGCGGCCGCUGCUCUCAAAGCGGCCAAGUACGACUACGCGGGUGUGGGCCGUGCGGCAGCGGGCUCUGCAGCCCUGCUCGAGGGGACCCCCUGCGCUGCCGGCUUCAAGGACGACACCAAGGGCCCGCUCAACUUGAACAUGACAGUGCAGGCGGCGGGCGUCGCCUCUUGCCUGCGACCUUCGCUGCCCGACGGCCUGCCGUGGGGGGCGGCCCCAGGGAGGACCCGCAAGAAGCGGAAACCCUACACCAAGCAGCAGAUUGCGGAGCUGGAGAACGAAUUCCUCCUCAACGAAUUCAUCAACCGCCAGAAGCGCAAGGAAUUGUCCAACAGGCUGAACCUCAGCGACCAGCAGGUCAAAAUCUGGUUCCAGAACCGGCGUAUGAAAAAGAAGCGCGUGGUCCUGCGCGAGCAGGCGCUGGCGCUAUACUAGCCCCCCGCGUGGCCGCGGCUGGCCAGGCCUGCCCUUUUAAGCCGAGGCCUGGCGUGGAGGAAGAACUGGGACUAGGGGCUUUUCCUUCCGCUCCUUCUCCGCUGGUCCCAAGUACCCUCCCACUCAGUCUACAGCCCGGGAGCCCUGGCCAGUUGGGCCUCCACGCUUUCCCAUCUCUGGGAGGGGCCUGCAGAAGUUGCAGCACAACCUUGGCCUUGAGGCUUCCCAAGUGGGGGCCUGGGGUCACCUGUCCUAGCUCUUGUCCGGGGCAUUUACACGGGGGCUCACUCUAGCACCCUUGUACUUGGAAUUCUGCUUCUACCUAGACUCCCUUUCCUCUCCUCCCCAGUUCUUUUUGAAUUUAGCAGGCACCUCACUAGAGCGCAGAGUGGAAUUGAAUUUAGGAAGGCCUCCGGGAAGGAGUAGAAAGGGCUGCGGGCCCAAUUCUCUUUGCCACCAAAGCCGCUUGUGGCAAAGCCAGAAUCGUGGCUCUGGAGUGAGGAAAGGGUGCCGCCCCUCUCCUGUCUGCCCUGGCUGCUUGCGGAGGACAAAAGCUACUCUAGACCUUCAGACUUGGAGAGGAAAGGCAAGGGGAAGAAGGCUGGGGUGGCUGGACAAACUCAUGGACACCUCGGAAUUUGGGCUGGGCUGACCCUUCCAGCUGGGCAGAAUGGGGUGGAUACUUCCUUCCCAUGGAUUCGAGCAGGGAGGCUGAGGCUCCACCACAAACUGAAAUCUCUAGACUGUACUAGUAAAACUCCCCUACGUCUCCUAUCUCCUCAUACACGCCUAGGCCAGAGCCCUGCACUCUGUAACUGGACUGAGCUCUGGUGAGGACAGCUGCUAGUCUGCUUUGAGACUGGAGUGCACUAAGAGGUGGGGAAAAUAUCCAGGGGGAGGAGAAGGGAGUGAGCAAGGAUAAGGGUGCCCUACAUUCCAACUGUAAAUAUGGCUGUCCUGUCGAGGUGGGUAAGGGUGCGGACAUGUCUUUCUUGAAUUAGGAUAAUUAGGCAGAGGUGAGAGGCCCUCUAGUAGUCAGGGGGUGAAGGAGGAGGCCCUUCAAAUCCUCAGCCUCUGGUCGCUGCUCUAGACCAAGUAGAGAGAAGCUCCUCUCUCUCACCCUCAUCACCACCAGACAACCCCACUGGGGGCCUUUCUGUGCCUCAGCGCUAUGCCCUUCCUGAGCCCAUGCCUGGCCUGCCUCCAUGGAGCCUGUAAGGCCCUGGGCCCUGCUGGGCUUGCUUUGUUGCAGCUGGGGUUCCUGAAUGCCAGGUAGAGGUGUUUUGCAUGUGCUGGGGUGUCCUGUCUUAACCUCACUGAAACCGAGCACCCCCCUCCAGCUCUUUCUACCAUCCCCUACCUCUUUUCCCUCUCCUUCUGAGAAGUAGCGCCCCCCAACUUCAACUGAGAUGUAUGACAGCCAAAGAGUUGAUUCCUUCCCAAAGUCGGAUGACUUGUUUUUAGUGGGGGACUAGGCCCUAGAUGGGGAGUGGGCACCCCACGUAGCCCCAAGCCUCAGCCCAACUGACCUCAGUUGAUGUUCUGACUAAUUGCAUUUUCUCUGCUAUCUAAUAGUUGUUGUGCAUGUUUUAUGUUAUUUUGAUUUUGUCAAAAAAAAAAAAAACCCACAAUAGCUUGUACAUAUCAGAUACAUAGAAAUGUUCUGAAUGGAAAUAAAUAUCCAAGUCCCA